GUCAUUGCACGUGGAACGCACGGGUGCCGGUAACCGGGGGAGUUCGAAGAUAUGGGCGCGCCGAAGAUUUUAUCCCUACUUUUAGCGACGCUCCUCUCGGAUUCCGUCGUCUGCGGCCGUCGCGCCGAACGCGGACUCGCCAAAGGCGCCAGCGCUUCGGAAGUCUCCUCGAGCCACGGAAGAACGUUCGCGCACUUCGACAGUUCUCCGGCCCUGACGCACCUCGAGUUCGACGAGGGUUCCCCCUCGAACGUACACCACCACGGCGGCGGCGGCGAUCCGGGCGCCGUCUUCCCGCCCGAGCCGCACCCGGGUUCGGCGUUCGGCCAGUACGACUACGCGCCGUACGAUCGGAACUACCCCCAAUGGCACCAGCUUCACUCCUUUCACGAGCAAGACGUCGACGCAGCACCGCCGUUCUGGCAGACGCACGACGAGGAGACGAAGCAACCCGCGAGCGCGCACUCGACAGAUGCCGGGAGAGAGACCGUCGACCUCUCCGAGUUCGACCCCACCCACUCGUUUUUCGGGAGCAUGUUCACGGAUUCGUCGGACACCGGUGAAGGUACCAAGUCCUCUCCGCCUGCGGCUUCCCCGACCGAAGCCGUCGGCUCUUCUGCCGACAAGGACUCGAGAAACGCGAGCACCGCGCCCGGAGAAGCGCACGCUGUUUCGACGUCUGUUCCGCGCGAAUUGUACGGGCACCACGUGGGCGGCAAGGCGGCCGGAAACUGGGCGCCACUCGCGAGUGCGUCUCAAGUGCAGCACGGCGACGGUAACACAGCUACUCCUAACCCAGGCUCGCCGACUGGCGGUAAUGAGUUGACUCGGACUACAACGAACCCCAGCGUUCGACGGGAGACUGGCGCCUUCCUUCGGACCACGUCAACCGCAAUGGGCGUCGCUAAAGACUCUUCGGAACCGCCCACUCGACCCGACCUGCCGAGAGGGACGGACUCUACUCGGGGUGCACCAGCCGUCCCGGACGUUUCGAGGACCACUGCUGCUUUCAGAGAGCCCGGUUUCGCGAAUGCUGACCCGAAUUUCGUCGACGGAAACACAGCUGCCCACACUACGCGAGGUGCGACGUCAACAGCUGCCGGUGCUAGCACUGAAGCCACGUCUUCCACUGUCCCAGCUCCUGCGCCCGAGGACUUCGUCCCGCGCCAGGCUGCCGCAGAAACGGUUGCUUCGUCUUCGAAGCCCGCCGGCGGCUUCGCGCAGCUUCCCACUCCGACCGAAGCAGGCGGUGGUACUGACAAAAUCGUGGAGACCACUACUGGACGUGUCUUCACGCACGCAACAACCGCAAGCCGUCCUGCCCACCCUAAGACGUCGGCAAACGAAACCGAGAUUCCAGCUACGCAGUCUGCCUCCAAAAACACUCCUCCGAACAACGCGUCGCAGACUUUACCUUCCACACUUCCUGAAAGCACCGAACCGCCCAAGCUUGCGACGUCCCCACGAGGGACGGUAACUCCGGUUCAACAUGUGGUCUUCAGAAACGAAUCUUCGGACUUGACGACUACACGGGCUACUACGAAUUCGUCUGCAGUCUCUGAAAUCGCCGGACUCUUGUCUGACCGCCUCGAGACGUCCACUUCGCCUGCCACCACCAGCACUGCCCUCGGCAGGCGAUUGCAGAACGGCACCACUGCGCCUUUGACGCGAGCUCCGGUAGAAGGCGGCAAUGGGACUUCCACGCGGCCCGUCGAGUCCUCGACGUUACGCCAGACUUUACCAGCGGUAACCGCUGGCGUGCGUCGACAAGCGACCACCGCCUCGAGCCCCACAACCGCGGAGCCGACGCGAGGCUUUCCAACCGUACUUAAAGCCGAAGCACCGCCGGCACAACCAACGCCAGCGAGGAACGCGGGGUUCAAACAAACUCUUCCUCCCGCGCCCCCUGUCGGUCCUCCGAAGACCGCGAGGCCCCCGGUUACGGCCGACGCUUACGUCAGACCGAUCACUCAGCACGGCGUGCACGAGUUCGUGCCUCAGCGCCACCGGGACGUGGAGGAUUACUUCUACCACCCCCGCCACCAGUCCCGCCACGUGGAGGACCACGACGAAUUGCGUCAGAGCCAGUGCGGCAAGUGCCAGCGCAGGCUCCACUACUGCGUGCAGAAGUGCUUCGUUCAUCACAGCUGCGAGGCAGAGACGAAUCCGGAGUUCACCUGUCCCCGGAUCAACGCCUCCUGCAUGCCCCCGUACAAGCACGAGGUGGACCAGUGCCGCCACAGCGGCGACUGCGAGAGCGCCAACCACCUCUGCUGCCUGGUCGGCUGCUCCCGACGCUGCGUGCACGGUGUGCCGGUUCGAACCCAGCAUUAGGCCUACUUCGUCAACCACGUGACGGACGCGUGCCACCUUCAACCGCACGCGUGCGAGCUUACGUCCACUCAUCACAUACACUCGCCGAUCUUAAAAUUGUGAGGGUUAAUAUACUUUCACGCGUCUAAAUAUAAAAUGGGCCUACGCUUUAUCGCAGGCGUUUUACUCGUUCUUUUUUUUUUCA